ACGACAGGAUGCUGCUGCUACUGUCACUUCUACCGUUGCCGCUGUUGUUAGAGAUUUUGCUUUUGCUCCUUCUACCGCAUGACAAUUGUUUUCCUCGUCUGAGCAGAUACCAGCCUCAGAUGCUCAAGUAAUGGACUGUGAUAGAGUUAAGGCCUUUUGGAGGUGAGCUGUUUGAGAGCUGAUGCUUAAACAUGUCUGAAGUAGCUGCCGACACUUUCCCCAGCCCCUCAGCUCAGCUGAGCCCUGAUGCGUCCCUCAACGGGCUCCCGGAUGAGGAGAACAUGCCGGGGACCCAAAGAGAGGACAGGAGGGUCCAGGGGAUAGCAGGCCUUGCCGCAACCUGCUGUGUGUGCCUGGAGGCAGAGCGACUGAAGGGCUGCCUCAACUCUGAAAAGAUCUGCAUCGCCCCUAUCUUGGCUUGCCUGCUUAGCCUUUGCCUCUGCAUUGCUGGUCUCAAGUGGGUCUUUGUGGACAAGAUUUUUGAGUAUGACUCUCCUACCCAUCUUGACCCUGGGAGGAUAGGACAAGACCCAAAGAGUGCUGUGGAUCCUACAGCUCUGUCUGCCUGGGUGCCUUCGGAGGUGUAUGCCUCACCCUUCCUCGUACCUAGCCCCAAGAGCAAGGCUGAAGUGACAGUGCACAGUGACAGCUCACUUGUACCCUCCAAACCAUUCCUCCAGCCUUCUCUAUAUAACCGCAUCCUAGAUGUUGGGUUGUUGUCCUCUGCCGCACCUUCGCUGUCACCACCCGCUCUGGAGCCUACCACAGCAUCUCAGGCACAAGCAACAGAAACCAAUCUCCAAACUACUCCAAAACUUUCCACUUCCACAUCUACAACUGGGACAAGUCAUCUCACAAAAUGUGACAUAAAGCAGAAAGCCUUCUGUGUGAAUGGGGGAGAGUGUUACAUGGUUAAAGACCUCCCAAACCCCCCAAGAUACCUGUGCAGGUGCCCAAAUGAAUUUACUGGUGAUCGCUGCCAAAACUACGUAAUGGCCAGCUUCUACAAGCAUCUUGGGAUUGAAUUUAUGGAAGCUGAGGAACUGUACCAGAAACGGGUGCUGACCAUAACUGGCAUUUGCAUUGCUCUUCUAGUAGUUGGCAUCAUGUGUGUGGUGGCCUACUGCAAAACCAAGAAGCAGAGGAAAAAGCUGCAUGAUCGCCUUCGUCAGAGCCUGCGCUCGGAAAGGAACAACGUGAUGAACAUGGCCAAUGGGCCGCACCACCCCAACCCACCACCCGAUAACGUCCAGCUCGUCAAUCAGUACGUUUCAAAAAAUGUAAUCUCCAGUGAGCAUGUCAUCGAGCGAGAAACAGAGACCUCGUUUUCUACAAGCCACUACACCUCAACUACACAUCACUCUGUGACAGUCACCCAGACAUCUAGCCACAGCUGGAGCAAUGGCCACACUGAAAGCAUCCUCUCUGAAAGCCACUCGGUGCUCGUCAGCUCCUCCGUGGAGAACAGCAGGCACGCCAGCCCAGCAGGGCCCCGGGGCCGUCUCAAUGGCAUUGGCGGGCCACGGGAAGGGAACUGCUUCCUCCGGCACGCCAGGGAGACCCCUGAUUCCUACCGAGACUCUCCUCACAGUGAAAGGUAUGUCUCAGCUAUGACCACACCAGCUCGCAUGUCACCCAUUGAUUUUCACACUCCAACUUCUCCCAAGUCCCGCCCCUCCACGAUGUCACCCCCGGCUUCCAGCCUGACCGUCUCCAUCCCUUCCGUGGCGGUGAGUCCCUUCAUAGAAGAAGAGCGACCUCUGCUCCUGGUGACUCCGCUGCAGCUGCAUGAGAAGUAUGAGCACCACCUUCAGCAAUUCAACUCCUUUCACCACAAUGCCACCCAUGAGAGCAGCAGCCUGCCACCAAGUCCUCUGCGGAUCGUGGAGGACGAGGAGUAUGAGACCACGCAGGAGUACGAACCAGCACAGGAGCCUCCAAAGAAACUCACCAACAGCCGGAGGGUCAAAAGAACAAAGCCCAACGGCCACAUUUCCAGCAGGGUGGAAGUGGACUCUGACACGAGCUCUGAGAGCAGCAGCUCUGAGACCGAAACGGAAGAUGAAAGAAUAGGUGAGGAUACACCAUUCCUGAGCAUACCGAACCCCGGGGCAGCCGGUCUGGAGCCAGCCACUGCCUUCCGGCUGGCUGAAACCAGGACUAACCCGGCAAAUCGCUUCUCCACACCUGAAGAGUUACAAGCAAGGUUGUCCAGUGUGAUAGCUAACCAAGACCCUAUUGCUGUAUAAAACGUAAAACACAUAGAUUCACAUGUAAAACUUUAUUUUAUAUAAUGAAGUAUUCCACCUUUAAAUUAAACAAUUUAUUUUAUUUUAGCAAUUCCGCUGAUAGAAAACAGGAGGGGAAGAAAACUUUUAUAAAUUAAAUAUACGUAUGUACAAAUGUGUUAUGUGCCAUAUGUAGCAAUUUUUUACAGUAUUUCAAAAAUGGGGAAAGAUAUCAAUGGUGCCUUUAUGUUAUGUUAAGUUGAGAGCAAGUUUUGUACAGUUACAAUGAUGGCUGUCCCAUAGUAUUUUGCAAAACCUUUUAGCCCUCAGUUGUCCUAGCUUUUUUGUGCACGGCAUUAUAAUGACUGGAUGUAUGAUUUGCAAGAAUUGCAGAAGUCCCUCUGGUCGCUUGCUGUAGAGUCUCGAAAUCAGAAAGCCCUGUAAUGGCACUGUCACCCUACUCCACCAGAAAAACACACAUAUACACACACACAGAGUCAGAAAGGAAAAAAAAAGAUUUAAAAAAAUAUUUAAAAAAGUAAAAAAAAAAAAAAGUUUCUUAUAUGAGAACUUUUAUUUGCUUUCCGUAUAUGAGAUGAGUUUUGUCUGCUCUCUGCCAGCCAAAAGGUUUGCUUCUUUGAGCACUGGGAUAAUAGUAGGUCCAACAGCAUGCUACUAUUAAUUACAGCAGGGUAACAAAAAACAUACAAACAAAAAAAAGCCAACCUGCAUUAAGUAAUGUUACUUAUAGAAAGAAAGUAAUACUGUGAUUUUAAACCAAAUAUAUUAUUAAUCAGAGGUUAGCUUGUAAUCACUAGGAGCUGCCAUUUCAUUAUUUUCCAGAUAUUAAUUGUUCUAGUUAUCCCUUAGGAAAUGGGUUUAAGUUAGCUGAGGCUUUGAACCCAAUACUCUAUUCAAACAAAAAAGAAAAAAAAAAAGAAGAAAAAAGAAAAAAAAAAAAAAAAAAGAGAAAACAUUUAUAUUAGUUUAUGUUAAUGGGGCAAAUAUAAUAGAUAUCUGUAAUCAAGCAAGGAAGAGAUCUAGCUGGAAAACAAAUGCCACUAAUAAAAGGGCAAUCAGUUUUCACCUCUAUUUCUUAAUGUUGAUUUCUAAUACAUUACUUAUUCUUUUGUUUCCACUCAAUUUUCUUUCCCUUUUUUCCUUCCUCAGAAAGAACCCUGACAAGCUUCUAGCAAUACCUUGUUAGAGUUGCUGUUGGAGUAAGGCUUACUCUUGGACAAAGAAAGGCCUUUCAGGGAAGAAGAACAUGAUUUGCUGAAUGGUUAAAAAGUAUAGGCACGUAGGAAGGACAAAGCAGAUGUGUGGAGUUUAUUUCCACUCACCUUUACUGACUUAAUUAGUUGGGUUGAGAGAGGCAAGGUUGAUGCAGAGCCCAUUUAUGAAGGCAAGCACACCAUGUGAGUUACAGCCCUAGUAACCCAUGUGUGACUAUCAGUGUUUAUAUAGCCAGUGACAGUCUUGAAGUCAUUGACUAGUAAUGAACAAGGAUGCUGUCAGUGCUGGAGUAGAUGCAUCCAUCCAGACAGAAGCAAAUGGACUCUUUUGCACUGAAUUCCUAUCAGUUUAGUCAGGGUCACUCUGCCUCUUCUAUACUUUUGAUUUUUUGUUGUGUGUUCAGUUGGCACAGCAUUGACUCAGGAUUGAUGUGGAAAACAAAUGUUUUUCCUAGACUCUGGGGAUUCUGAAAAUGAGAACAUGUGUUUUACAGGUAUUACUGAGCUCUAAAUAAGAGCCCUGUCAAGACAAAAAUAAUUUCAGCCAAACUACACUCAUCCUUUGGGCCACAUUCUGGUCCUAGUUAAAUAAAGAGAAAUACAUCAAGGAAAAUUUGUGAGAUGCAAACCUGCAAAAAAGUCCCUACUCAGUAAAUUGUUCAAGCAUAUGCUUAUGCUAAUCCCAGCAAAAGUUACCUUCAGCAUGUGCUAGACUCUCAUUGACACAUCCAGCACAUGCAAAAAGUCAAGCAUGUGCCUAAGAGUUUUGCUGAACAAGGUGUCCUAUUGAUUUGAGGCUGAAAGCAAAGUAUAGCAAAAGAAGAUCUUUGCCAGGAUGACAAAAAUCAGUGAGUGCUUCACUGUAUAAAUAACCAUAUCACAUUAGUAAGAACACAAGUGAGUCUACCUGAACACCAGAUUCAGCAGAAAAAGAACAGAAAAACACCUUAGUAUAGGAAACAAAGUUGUCCACUAGAAUGUCAGUGGUAGAACCAAAAGGCUAGGAAACUAGCACAGCUUUGGGCUAUGUGGAGGCUGAAAUGGCACUGCUUAUUUGAGAAAUCUGUGGAAGAUGGCAAAUACAUACUGUCUGGACUUAAGUCCCCUUUGCCAUUUUUCCCUGUGUGUAUUUGAACACACUUUGCCUUUGCAGACUGAAACAAAAGCUCUCUUCAAGUUCUAUAUGCCAUAUUCUCAUUUUCAUCCCUUUAGUCAUGCCUAUUUAUCUGCAAUCCCAUACAGCAGAAUAUCCAUCUCUCCAGUAACUCUGCAACUCAGUAGUACAGAGGGUCAGGUGGGCUUUCCUAAUGAAGGCCACGAGUUUCCAAAAGAUUUGCACUGUUGAGUUUCCUUGGGCACUUCAAUAUCUUCCCUUCAGAAAGGCCUCUGACACUGCAAAGACCUUGCAGGACAGAUGAGACAGAAAAAGGAUGGCAGAGAAACAAGAGAUUUGCCCCAAAAUCACCCAUCUUAGUGGCAGAAUAGAGAUUAUAAGACAGGUCUUUUGUAAACUC